GCCCCACGUGGCCAGUGCCUCAUUUCCGGGAGAAACGAUCACAUACGGUUAGUUGAUCUAGAAUGAUAAGCGGCACCCUCUGCGCUGCGCAAAGUUUUAUCCAAUUUCUCUAUAGAUUCGUUCAUUCCCUUUAGUAUUACCCUGUGCUUCUCUCCAACCUCUCAUCAUCUAUCUAUUUGCUCCAAACAUGGAUGCUAAAUCUCGGAUCUCGCCCACACGUCUGACAGAUAAGAAGUGUGUGCCAUGCAAUCUGAAGGAAUUGCGACCAAUGAGUGAGGAUGCAGCACACACUCUAAUGCCACAGGUUGCUGAGUGGAAUUUGGUAAACGAAGAUGGUGUCAUGAAGCUGAGGCGGUCAUGGGCAGUAAAGACUUUCACCAAAGGAUUGGAAUUUUUCAGGAUAGUAGCUGUUCUUGCUGAAAAUGAAGGUCAUCAUCCUGAUCUUCACCUUGUUGGCUGGAAUAAUGUUACAAUAGAGAUUUGGACUCAUGCUGUUGGUGGGUUGACAGAAAAUGAUUUCAUACUUGCUGCUAAGAUUGAUAAGCUUGAUGUGCUUGACCUACUUAGACGGAAGCCUUCAGACUGAGUCAACAGUGUUAAGAAGUACUGUAGUAUUUGCAAAUUACCCGUCUUUUUGCAGUAAUAUUUUGUUUUAAGAUGGUGAAUUACACUGCAUGUUAGGUAUUUUUAUGAAUUAUUCGAAAAUAAAAUAAAUAUUUUUAAUCAAAAUAA